AUGGCCGAAGCUGUGGUUUCCGCGGUGUUGGAUCAGUUGGUUUCGAUCAUUGGUCAACAGGUGAAGCAAGAGGUGAGACUGGUGAAGGGUGUCAAGAAAGAUGUUGCCAAGCUCAACAGCAACUUCCAAGCCAUUCAAGCUGUGGUUGAAGAUGCAGAGAAGAAACAGAUCAGCGAUGCAAGAGUCAGAGACUGGUUAGAAAAGCUCAAAGAUGUUUCCUAUGACAUGGACGAUGUGUUGGACGAUUGGAGCUCUGCAAUUUUAAAAUCGAAGAUUCAGCAGCAAGAACAAACAGGGGUUGGAAAUUAUCUUCCUGAUAAAGAUGGCAAUAAAAAGGUAUGUUUUCCUAUACCCACUUCUUCUCUCUGCUUUUUAAGAAGCCAAGUUAAGCGUAUGGGUAUGAAACGUGAAACUGCUAUUAGAAUCAGAGAACUGAAUGAAAAGCUUGAUGUCAUUGCGAUUGAAAAGGAGAAUUACAGUUUCAUCCAUACCAGAGCUGUAAAACAGCUUGAGAGACAAAAAACUACCUCAUUGGUGGAUGUGUCCCAAGUGUUUGGUCGAGAAAAUGAUGCCAAUAUUUUUAUAAACAUGUUGUUGGAAAAUGAUGAGGAUAAUCGAGGGCUCACUAUCAUCCCUAUUGUGGGGAUGGGAGGAAUAGGGAAAACCACCCUUGCCCAACUUGUAUUCAAUGACAGUAGGGUCAAAUCCCACUUUGAUAAGCAAAUUUGGGUUUGUGUUUCUGACCCUUUUGAUGAGAUCAAGAUUGGGAAAGCAAUAAUUGAAGCAUUCGAAAUGGAUGCCCGGAAUUUCGUAGAAUUGGAAAGUAUAGUACAGUGCAUUCAUAAAUGUAUCAGGGGAAAGAGGUUUCUUCUUGUCCUAGAUGAUGUAUGGACUGAAGACCAGGAAAAGUGGGAAAAUCUGAAGUAUCCUUUAACGGGUGAAGCAGGAAGUAGAAUUUUGGUGACCACACGAAAGAGGGAAGUUGCAAUCAUGAUGAGAGCUGAAACUCGGAUUAUGAACCUUGGUGUGUUGUCUGAAAAGGAUUCUUGGUUCUUGUUUAGUAAAUUCGCAUUGUUCGAUAGAGAUAUGGAAGAUUGCGAAGGAAUUGAAGAAAUUGGUACGGAGAUUGCUAGAAAAUGCAAAGGUUUGCCUCUCGCUAUAAAGAUUUUGGGAAGCCUGAUGCGUUUUAAGAGAAGUAAAACUCACUGGGAAGAAGUUUUGGACAAUGAACUUUGGAAAUUGGAAGAUGUUAAGAUCAAACUUUUUACCCCAUUGUUGCUAAGUUAUUAUGAUUUGCCUCCUCUGGAAAAACGUUGUUUCUCCUAUUGUUCCAUAUUUCCAAAGGACUAUGAUCUUGACAAAGAGAGAUUAAUUCAAAUGUGGAUGUCACAAGGUUAUUUAAGAGGCAAAGAAAGUCCAGAAAAAGCAGGUCAAGAUUGCUUCAAUAACUUAGCGAUGCGGUCCUUUUUUCAAGAUUUCCAAAAGAAUGAUGAAAGUAAUGAACUGCGCAAUGAUGGCAGUGUUGGACCAUGCAAGAUGCAUGACACAGUACAUGACUUUGCGCAGUUUUUAACUGAUACAGAAUGUUGUAUUAUGGAAAUCAAUGAAGUAAAAGAGGAAAAAGAGCAGCUCAACACAGUGUCUGGGUUCUCUUCAUUUCCAUCCCAGUCCCACUGCUUUGAUAAAAAGGUCCGCCAUUCUACCUUAGUGCUACCGAUGAAGGCAGAACUUCCUUCCUCAAUAUGUAAUGUUGCAAAACAUCUGCGAAGUCUAUUCAUUUUGUGCUCAAGAAAUGCCACUUUCAAUUUUGGUGUGUUGCUACCGCAUCUAACACGUCUUCGCACGUUAACUCUGAGUAGAUGUAACAUUAGCAUACUACCAGAGGAGAUUGGUCAAUUAGUCCAUUUGAGGUACCUUGACUUAUCCGGUAACCGUACUUUAGAGGAAUUGCCUAACAGCUUAUGCAAUUUAUGUAACUUACAAACUUUGCGAAUCUUUCGUUGCUCAAGAAUCCGUAGGCUGCCAGAAGAGUUGGGAAAGCUAGUCAAUUUAAGGCAUCUUCAUAAUGGUCAUUGUGGGUUACUACAGGGACUGCCAAAAGGAGUUGGGAGGCUAACUUGUCUUAAGACACUAGAAGACUUGGUUUUGCGCAGGAAUAUUAAUAAUGGAUAUUUUAGUAUAGGAGAUUUGAACAAGUUGAACAACCUUGAAGGUUGUAUUUCACUACGUUGGUGUGGAAGUUUAGAUGUGGGUGAGGCUGCGAAAGCAAAUCUCAAGAAUAAGAAGUAUGUUGUUUCUUUGGAGCUCGAUUUUGGUAUGACAUUUGAAGACACUAGAAAUAUCCAAGAUGAAAUUUUAAUUCUUGAAGCCUUGGAACCACAUCCAAACUUAUCAUAUUUAUCCAUUUCUAACUACAGAGGUGAAACCUUGUCUACUAGGUGGAUGUCCUUGUUAAUUAAUCUGACUGAGUUUCACCUUAAGGACUGUGAAAAUUGUGAGAGUCUACCUCCUUUGGGUCAGCUGCCCUCCCUUCAAUCGCUGGAGAUAUCUUAUAUGACCAGUGUGAAAAUGGUGGGUGCAGUGUUUUUGGGAACUGAAACUGAAGAUAACAAUGAAAUGAUCAUAUCUUCAAUUGUUUCAUUUCCAAAAUUGAAAAACCUCCGAUUUUCUCACAUGAAUCAAUGGAAAGAGUGGGAUGGGAGUGCGUUUGCAAGGAAAAAUACUAGUUUAAGAAUCAUGCCUAGUCUUUAUUCCUUGGAAAUUGAGAGCUGUGAUAGUCUAGAAGCAGUACCAGACUUCCUGCAGAGUACACCACUGCAGCAUUUAUCGAUCAAAUCAUGUCUAAUGCUAUCAGAUCGUUGCCAAAACGGUACAGGGAAGGAGUGGUUCAAGAUUUCUCACAUCCCAAACAUCAAAAUCAACUACCGUUAUGUGCAAAAGGAUAACUGUGUUUCGCAUGACAAUGAUGGCUCUGAUAACUCGCUAGAGUGA